AUGAGUAAUAACAGUGAUUGUGAACAAACGGACUUCCCUUCAUCGUCUGCAGAAUCGUCAACAGUUUUGACGGCGUUGGAAGCAGUAAUGGAUCAGUAUCGUCAGAAUUGGCUGGAAUAUCUUGGAGCUCAGAAUCGACCUUUUAUUGUAAGCGAUUCCAUUAGUCCGUAUACUGGUACUGGUGCAGAGCUGUUGCUUUCAACAUGUGAUGAGCUAGCUUCAAGAUAUAAUACAAUUAGUAGCGAUGAUCUAAAGACUGUUCUCUGGGUGUACUGCGAUCGGGAAGGAUGUAGUUUUAAUCCGGACUGGGUUAAGCUGCUUGAUAUAUUGAUUCCUUUGCGAUGUAGUGCUGAACAGUUGUACAAUAUGUUUUACGCGAUCAACACAAAAUUUUUGCCUCGAAGUAGUAACGAGGGAGCUAUUUGCUAUCAGUUGAUGUACUUGGUUUUGCAGUACCACGAUCCAAAAUUGAGCUCCUAUCUAAACUCCCGUAAAAUUACUGCUUAUGACUACUCACGCUCUUGCUUUACUUCAAUCUUCGCUGGAGACUUUGAGAAAGAGAGUGUUUAUAUGAUUUGGGAUAAAUAUUUUGAGAAGGGUGAUCCUUUUAUGCUGUUUGCUAUGAGCUUGGUUUUCGUGAUUAAUUUAUGCGACGACAUAUUGGCACUUGAGAGUCGAGAAGAGAUCUGUAACUUAUUACAAAAUACAACGACUCAAUUUUCAUCUAAAGAUGUUGCGGAUUUUUUUUCAAUUGCGGAACACUUUCUUCAGCAGACGCCUCCUUCAAUCAAACAAGACUAUCAAAGGGCGCUUUUUGGUUCACAAAAUGAAGGCGACUCACCAGUCGACAUAUCCUCUCUUUUAGUUUUACCUGUUGAUGCCCGCGAUUUACUUGGAUUGACAUCUGAAGAAAAUAAAGACUCAGGGAUCGUCUUCAAGUUUUUCAUUAUUGAUGCUCGUCCGCAUGACCAGUUUGCUGCUGGACACAUCGAUGGGUCUUAUAACCUGGAUUCCACCUUAUUUGUUCGAGCACCAGAACAGUAUAAGAUCGCACUCUCAAGUCUUGAUGCAUAUCGGGUAACUGCACAUUAUGAAGACCAUUUGCUGUUUUUGGGGUCCGGCCACAGUGAAGAGGAUUCCUAUGUAUAUAUGAUGGUAGCAAAUUUCCUUCAUAAUUCUAGGAAAAAUAUUGCUUUGGUGCAUGGAGGAUAUAAAGCUGUCCAUGAUCUGAUUAAUCCAAACUUUGAAAAAUUGGACGCGCAUUGCGAAGCUUUGUGCAAAGAGUGUACUGGACAGGGUUUGGGGUCAAAAUCUCUAACGCGAAAGUUUUCGUGGAAAAACAAAGUCGGGGAACUUUUCUCCACUGUGAAGUCAAAUGCUCCUUCUGUGAGUGAGGUGUGGCGCAUUGCACAUUUACCUACAGUUGGUACAAGAAGGACUAGUUUGGAACAUGUUGAUGCUAGUCAGCGUCAUGGCAAAAGGUACCGGAACGAACGUUCGGUGUUCACACUAAGUGAUUCAGAUUCUGACAUUGAUACAAUGGCUUAUAGUAGCGAAGCGAAGGAAACUAGCGAACCUAAGGCUUUGGGUGACAUUCUUGCACAAGACGACAUCUUAGAACAUUUUGAGGGUAUCGAAUUACUGUCUAGUGGUUCAAGUUGGCGAACAGUAAAAUGUAUUCUUGCUUUGACGAGAACUUACAUACAUGUGUUUCAUGAGACGGAAGAGGGUAACAAAGUAAUCUCCAGAUCAAGACAUGCAUACACUACGGUUCUUCGUGUAACAAGCAAGAAGAAACUUCCAGAAAUGUUGACCUUCAAAUUUGGAUAUUUUCUUGGUAACGACGAAUACAAAAUAACGGCAGUACAGCGUUUCGUACUCCCAAAGGCUGGUGACUGUGCGAAAGCGAUAAAGACGAAUAUUUUGAAUCUCCAUCCAGAUGUCUCAAACUAG